AUGAGGGGAGUUGGAUUCCCGUGGUGGUUGUUGGCUAACAACACCAACUUGGAAGAACUUAGUAUCCACAAUUGUUCACUUUCUGGGUCUUUUCAAUUGCCACCCAAUCAAGAUUUUGGAAGAAUAUCUGAACAAUUACCAAAUUGUUCUAAAUUAGAAUCGCAGGAUGCUAGCAAUAAUCACCUUUCUGGGAAAAUUCCAAGUUCAAUUUGGAAUUUUCCGAGGCUCGUACUUUUAGAUCUUUCAAAGAACAAUUUUUUUGGAAGUCUGCCGUCAGGUUUCAUUACUUCGCAAAUGUUAGCAGUUUAUUUGUCGAGAAAUCACUUGGGAGGAACUUUAACAAAGAAUGACUACUCAAGUUAUGAAUUAUCGGUCUUGGAUCUGAGCUACAAUCAUCUCACGGGUACAAUCCCGAUAUGGAUUUCUAAACUGCCUAGCCUGUCCUAUCUCUUACUAAACAACAACAAGUUGCAUGGUGAAGUUUUAGUUCCUUUUUGUUUGGAGCACUUGAAGUUGAUUGUUAUUUCUCACAAUCAUUUUCAUGGUCACCUUUCCUCUGCGAUCACUACCAAUGGAAGCUGCAAGGAAGCACCAAAUGUACGAAUUGUGUCAAGAGAUUUGGAAUUUGUCACGAAGACUCACUUGUAUACUUACGCUGGAACCUCUCUCUCGUUGAUGGUUGGCUUGGAUUUCUCUGACAACAAUUUCACUGGCGAGAUCCCUCCUCAAAUUAGUGAUAUUAUGGGUAGCAUUAAAGGUCUCAACUUGUCAUACAAUAAAUUGACGGGAUCAAUUCCACCAUCAUUUUCAAAGAUGUUGGAAAUUGAGAGUUUGGAUCUUUCUCACAACAAUUUGAGUGGUUUCAUUCCUUCUCAACUCACAGAGUUAACAUCUCUAGCUUCUUUUAGUGUGACAUACAACAAUUUGUCUAGCAAGUGUCCCCCAAGAGUUGCACAGUUUGCUACAUUCGAUGAAGCUAGCUAUCAGGGGAAUCCUUUUCUCUGCUGCACCUUUCCAUUGCAGCCCUCUAAACCAUUAUUCACCCCACUAGCGUCUGACGAUCAAGAUGAUGAUGACGACGAUGGAGGACGAGGUGGCUUCAUUGACAUGGAAAGUUUCUACGCAAGCAGUGGAGUGUCUUUUGUCAUGGCCUUGUUAAUAAUCGCGAGUGUUCUUUACAUAAAUUUGUACUGGCGACGAGUAUGGUUUUACUACGUUGGGGUCACCAUAACUAGUUGCUACUAUUUUGUCGUGGACCAUCUCCCGGUACCGGUCAAAUACAAGGUGUUGAAACUUCAAGUUUAG